UAGUGAUGUGGAUAAUCCGAUGAUGUUGUUUGUUGCCUUGAUCUGAAAGGAAAUGUUAGGCACGAUAGCAUGACAUUUGCUGCAGGUUGGGGACUGCAUUGUGGUGGUCUGUCCAGUGGCGAAGGCGAUCGAUCUUCCUGGCAGCUGUUCGAAGCCUUAAGCAUUUGCGUGCAGGAUGUCUACUCUCGAGGAAUUUUGACUCGUGAGCACUUCUAGCCUGGAUAGAUGGGUUCUUGGCGAACUUCUCGCUCAUUCGGGGGCGCUCCGCAAAUGCUCAGUCUCGUCUUCGAUGCCGACGAUGCGUUACAGUGUAUAGGAUGUGCUCUGCAAAUGCUCAGUUCCCGUCUUCGAUUCGAUGCGUUAAAGGGUUUAUAGGAUGUUUUUGAGCGCCUAGUCGUAGCGAAGAAGCUAUUCAGUCUGUGAUUGCUUCAGACCUUCCUCCCGAGUCCUGUUCAGUGCGUUAAACCACCACUCCACUCCAUCUUAAGGCCCUAAUUCGACAAACCAAGGGGCUGCAUUCCCCCCCCGAGCCUUGAGAUCUAUAGUGUAGUGCCGCCCUAAGGAAGGAAAAGUAGUGGUGGUCCUGAGCCUGGGCCCUGUGGAAUUUGACCUGGUACCUGUAGACAAGAAAAAUGAACAGUGCAGGGGCCCCGUUGGGGGUGGUGGUUUAAGCCCCCAGUACCCAAGGAGGGGGGUAGGCCCCCUCUGGGGAGGCUCUGACGUAAAUGCAUAUGGACCUGCGCGGCGCACUGAUUCGGCCACCGCGUUAACGACCUAAAAACGUCCAGGUUCUGCAGUGGUUUAACAGGAGAAAUGAGAAACGAUGCUUUCAGCUUUUGUCGCUCGCUCCUGUUUGCUCUUCUGCUUCUCUCUCGGCGUCGUCGCAGGGGGGUGUUCUUCUUGCGAAACGACUGUGCGGGUUUGUCAAUUUUCCUGCCAACGAUUGGAAUUGCAGCUGCGUUUUGGACGUUUUUGGCGACUACUACUGCGAUUGUUGCUGCGUGUGACGAAAACGGAGAUUGCCUCUACAUAGAGGCUAUAAGAUAUAUUUCGCUUCUGCAGUCUGUAGUCAAUCUGGGAUGGGUGUGCAUGAUGGGAGGGAGAGUGGGUGGAUUUUGUGAAGGAUGGAUAUGAUGGUGUUUUGGAGUGGUGCUGCCCAUUUCCUUUCGAGUCGAGGCCACGGCAGUUUGAUGUGGGCUGCCCUGCACAAAAAAAAAGCAGAGGGACGCUGGAUUUCGUGGAAGAAUGGACGAUAGAGUUUUGCUGGUGCUGUUAAUUUAGUUUGGCCGCAGGCACCAACGGGCCUACGUAGCGUAGUUGGUACUCCCACGAAUUGUUGGAAUACAGACCGAAGUGUUCGAAUCCAGAUGUAAUCAGAUGAGAAGAAAAAUAUAGUUUGGCUGCAGGCUGCUAUAUGACUGACUGUAUGCCUGCCGAGGACGCAGGCGCAGCUAUUUUUGAAGCAAAGCCUUCUCCGUUUGCCAGGGGGUUUGGUUGGCAGUUCAACUGGGCCGGCUGUCUGUUUAGCGAUUUGGAGGACUUGUGGAAGAGGGGAAGUGGAGCCGAAGUCCUUUCUGGCCAAGUGGUUAGUGCACAGCGUUGUCUUUCUGUGGACGGGUCACCGCAGGGGAUGCAUCUCAGCUUGUGGGAACACCUGCUCGGCUCCUUCUUCAUUGGAUUUUUGACUCACCCGACUGCAUGGCGAUUGCCGAAGCUGGCUUCCACCUGUGCACAGCUUCACGAGCAGCAGGAGAAACGAAGUGCCCAAGGCAGGUGCGUUCUCUUGGAGCUGGGACGGAGGGACGUGAAGCGAUUGCCAGAAACUUACAUGACACAGGAGAUUGUGGCCCUGCAUGGAGUAGGAGAUUUCUAUUGCAGGCAAACAGAGGGAUCGGAUGACGCUGGUAGGUGUACGAUGAGAAGAGGCACGUUUUCUUUGUUUGAGAGGAUGGUCAGCUGUCGGUGUGUAUAUGUGUAAAUAGAAUUGGAGGAACGGUUUGUCCCUUGGAAUGUAAUGGCGCCGCACACUUAGCACGCUCGUAGCGUCGGAAGGACAGCCGUGUCUUUGGUAGUAUUGGGAAGAAACACCAUGGUCCGGAAGCGUGAGGGCUUUCGGCGAUUUCUUUUCUUUCUUCGGGUUAUGAAUCAGAGGAAGCGAAACGGGUGGCACGGCACACCCCGGCCUGGGCUUUGCGUUGCGACCCACUCGCACUCACUUGGACGUGGUGAAUCUUGGCUAUGGUGGUGAUGUUGUUUCGUCAAAGGAGGAGAAGAAGAAGAAGAAGAAGAAGAAGAUGAUGAUAAUGAACGGAUGGCUGGCACACUAUAUGGCAAAAAAAUAGUACCUGCUGCCUGCAGUUGAUCAAGGUCGGAGGGUGAUGGGAUUUUGGAUCAGAGGUGGUGGUGGGGUGUAUAGCUGUAGUGAUGGAUGGAGGGAUGCCUGCCUGCCGUCGAUUAUGGUCGCAAGGUGAUGGGAUUUUGGUGAGUCAGCAGUGGGGGUGGGUGUAUACACUGUAUAGCUCUAGUGAUGGACGGAUGCCUGCCUGCCAUCUGGUACAGUUCGCGGGCGAUGGCAUUGAAUAGCCAAAGGUGGCGACGAGGCGGUAGGCGAAAGAGCAUUGGACGCGAAGCGGCAAAAAAUGUGGGUAAGUGGUUCUUCGGCUCCUCCUUCAUUUCGUUAUCCGAUUUUUUUCUAGGGUUAUCCAAUUUUUCUAGGGUUUAACGCGCUCCUACUGUUAUCCGAUUUUUUCUAGGGUUUAAUGCGCUCUCUUUUUUCUAGUGUUAUCUGUUGCCACUACUGAUGAUAAGAAAUUAUCGAUGUCAUCAUGUUCAAAGAGUUUGUGGUAAAAAUUAGGUCUGUCCUCAUCAAUAUUGCGCUCAUAAGGGUUUUAACUCUUGAGGCAACGUCGAGGGCGGGAGGCAUCGAUAAACAUCGAUGGGUGUGCCGGGAGUGUAGUCUCCGUAUGGUUGGUCAUUCACUCGUUUGUUUGGUGAUCGAAUCGAGUCUAUUGGGGGUUCUUUUCUAGGUCCGUCACCCGGGAUGCACUGUCGUAAACGCCUCGCAGGGCUCAGUUCUCAUCAGUUGAUUGAGUUGAUGGACUUUGCGUAUGCCACUCUUCAUUCUGUGACAUUAUGAAUUUAUGACCAUUCAUUCCUCCUCUUUUUUUUCAAUGAAAAGGGUGCCGAUAU